AUGGCUCUCCGGUCCUGGGUUGCAAAGGCGGAGCUUCCAUUUGUUUCGAGAUGGAUUAACGACGAUAUCCGACCUAUAGAAACCGAGAGACGGACCUGGGGGUUCCUUACUUUUCACAAUUACUGGCUUCUCAUCAACUGCAACAUCGCUACAUACCUAACAGGGAGCGCUCUAAUCCCUCUGGGUCUUUCCUGGUGGCAAGCCUUAAUUUGUAUCGUCCUUGGGAACCUCCUGGCUACGCUGGCUGUUAUUCUGAAUUCACUUCCUGGUGCCCACUAUCAUGUUGGCUUUCCUGUCAUCAAUCGGGCAGUAUGGGGAAUGUGGGGAUCGCAGUUCCCUAUCUGGAAUCGCAUAUUCCUAUCCCUCAUCUGGUAUGGCUUCAGCGCUUGGGUCGGAGGUGAAUGCAUUUACGUGAUUCUACUCUCUUGGGACCCGAAUCUGGAGCAGCACAUCCCGAAUCACAUGCCAAGCGACAUCGGUAUGACAACCGCUUCAUUUGUGGCAUACAUCAUCUUUUCCGUGAUCUCAUUGCCUCUGAUCUGGAUCCGGCCCCAUCGUCUUCAGAAGUUCUUCUAUGUCGCUGCGACUGUGACGAUAGUCUUUUUCGUUGUCCUGUUGAUUUGGGCAUUGGCAACCAUGGGCCCUGCUGGAUUCGGCAGCACACUGAGCAAUGAUACAACACUUCCCAAGACUGGAGGCCCCAACAGUGUGGCAUGGCUCAUGGUCUAUGGAAUCAUAUCGACCAUUGGAUCCAUCGCGGCUGGUAUCCUGAACCAGAACGACUACGCACGUUUUGCUACCAAGCCCAAAGAUGCAAUCUGGGGCCAAGCAUUAGCCUUCCCCUUAUACGGGACUUUUACAUCCGUGCUCGGUAUCCUGGUCACAGCUGCGACGCAAGAACGCUUUGGAGGUGAAGCAAUUUGGAAUCCGCCGACGCUUUUCCAGCAACUCAUGGUGCAAAACAAUAGCGCAGGAACGCGCGCCGCGGCUUUCUUCGCCGGGCUAUGCCUGGUUGUCUCGCAACUGGGCGUUAAUAUCCCAGGAAAUGCUCUCUCCGGCGGUUUCGACCUCGCCGCGACGUUCCCCAGGUAUCUCAAUAUCCGGCGCGGCGCCUACAUUACUGCUGUCUUCAGUGUUGUAGUAAAUCCGUGGCGAUUGGUCAACACGGCAACGACGUUUCUCACUGUGCUUUCCAGCUACAGCGUAUUUUUGGGUCCGAUGACAGGCCUCAUGGUUUCGAAUUAUCUUAUUGUGAAUCGCCAGAAGAUCAACGUGGAUCAUCUCUACAUUGGCAACAGUAAUAGCAUAUAUUGGUACAAGUACGGAGUUGAAUGGCGGGCUCCUGUAGCAUGGCUUCUGGGCGUUGCGCCCUGCAUGCCCGGCUUCAUAGCCGCAGUCAAUCCCUCCACGUCCGUUUCGGAUGGUGCCACGGAGUUGUACUAUCUUUGCUACAUCUUUGGGUUUCUGGCUUCUGGCUUCGCCUAUGCUCUUCUCCACUGGGUGUUUCCCUCGAAACCGUUGUCACAAUUUGUGGCGAAAUCAACGUCGUCACUCAAACUCCGCCGCAUGUAUCAAGACAGAUGGGAUGUUGCGCUGCAUGAGACAACCGAGAUUCUGGAUGGGCAAUCUCUUGAUACGGUCAAGGUAGACCCUGGUAAGUUUGAUGUUGCAGCAGAGCGAGAAGGGACGUCAAAGGUGCGCAAAGUGGGGGACGUCUGA